ACUUCUAUCUCAAGUAGCUGCACAUUAAAUAAUACUUGAAUGAUUUCAAUGCAACCCGUCCCAAGAGAAUAAAUGUCUCCAACAGAAGAGUUGGUCAAGCAGUGGGAAAGUGAGCAAACCUGUCUCAGAGAGCAGGUGGUGGUGGAGGAUACGGAAGACUGGCAGAAGAGCCCAGACUUCUCGGGACUGGAACGCGUUGCUGGACUGGACCUCUCCUUUAUCAAAGGUGAUGACGUCAAUGCCUGCUCCCAGCUCGUGGUGCUCAGCUACCCUGAUCUUGAGGUGCUUUAUGAGGACAGUCAAAUGGUGACCCUGACAGCACCUUACAUGCCAGGCUUUCUGGCCUUCAGAGAAACCCCUUUCCUCUUGGAGGCUCUGCAGCGGCUUGAAAAGGACAAGCCCACUCUUCUGCCUCAGGUGGUGUUUGUGGAUGGCAAUGGUCUCUUUCAUUACAGAGAAUUUGGACUGGCAUGUCACGUGGGAGUGCUGUCAGGACUGCCGUGUGUGGGUGUUGCCAAGAACCUGCUCCAGGUCCAGGGUGUGUUCAAAAAUGAAGAACAUCAGUCUCAGAUAUCAGCACUGCAGAAAGGAGGAGACAGCUUUCCCCUCAGAGCAAACUCUGGCAAAGUGCUUGGAAAGGUAAAUCGAAUUUAA